GACUAGGCUCUUCACAACCGAAACAUGUUCUCUCCUCUUCCCCGUCUCCGCCUCUAUUCCGAACUAGUCCUGCUCCUGCGGAUUUCCCAACCACCACCACCGCCUCCGCUCUAUCAACCCUCGCUCCGAUCCGCGCCCUCCCUGUCUCCUGUGGUGGAUCCGCGAUGGAGCAGCAGCCGCUGCUCGAGGUAGAGCAAUGUGUAACAUCUAUACCGGAAGAUCAUGAGGCCACUUGUUGGGGAUGUGGACUCCGUCUCAUUUUUGCAAGUUAUGCACCUGUUUUUAAGUGUGGCUGGUGUGGAGCAAUCACACAAAGUAACCAAAUUUCAAGAAAACCUGACAGUGUAUGCUUUUCUCAUUGGAGGAAUUUCCGGGACAGGUUCUUUGUGACUGUGCUUAUCCUCUUCAUGCUCUUCGUCAUAUGUGGUGGUGUCUGGGCGAUAUAUCCAGUUGUUUUCUCGAUCAGCACAUUUUGUGGCAUCUUUCAUUGCAUAUUAACAGGUCUACUAGCUGUAUUUACCAUCACAAGUUAUUGCUUGGCCUCUUUUAAAUCUGCUGGUGCACCGGCAGACAUGCGGUGGGGCAGCUAUCCCAUGGUUGGGAAAAAUGAUCUGGAAAACUAUACCUUCUGUACAUACUGUAGUAAACCAAAGCCCCCAAGGGCACAUCACUGCCGAUCUUGUAAAAUGUGUGUGUUAGACAUGGAUCAUCAUUGCCCAUUUAUUGGGAACUGUGUGGGAGCUUCAAAUCACCAUGCUUUUGUAAUUUUCCUUAUUUCUGUGGUCAUCAGUUGUAGUUAUGCUGCUGGUAUGACCAUUUAUUCAAGUUAUCGUAUAUGGCCUCCACUAGAUUUUGAAAAUCUAGCAUCAACUCGCCGUUCAAUGGGUUAUAUAAAGAUGCUAAUUGAGAUUAUUGGUACCUUGGCAAGCUCUGCAUUCUUCUUGUCAGCAAGGGGUUUUGUUACAGUAUACCUUGCAUUUGCUAGUCUAUCAGUUAACGCUGGUAUAGGUGUGCUGUUGUUCCAGCAACUUAGUUAUAUAUAUGAAGGAAAUACAUACCUUAACCGUUUAAGUUCGCCGAAUGUCAUGCACGGCGAGAGAGGCCUGCAAAAUCUUAUUCGAUUUUUUGGGUGCCCCUACUCAGUUUCCAGAGUAUUAUCGGGCUACUCAAACACUGGCAAGUUACAGGACAAUUCGAGCUCAAAACUUCUUUAGAGUGGUAGAAUGUGUAUAUUAUCAUUUGAAGAAGCAUUUAUGGGCCUUCUUACAGAUAUAAUGGUUCUGCUGCUGACGCUAAAACAGUGGAUUGACAGUCAAUAGCCCAUUAGUUUGCUUAACUGAAGCUACUUGUGAACAUAACAUUACACAAAAUAGUCCACACAAUCUGGUAGAGGACUUCAUUUUGAAGGGAAGUUAUACUGUCGGCAUUAGUCUUGAGCUGGAACUAUUCUCACAUUGAUUUACAGGAUGCAAUUUCAGCAGAUGCUGAAAUACAAUGUGGUUCAAUAUAUUUAUUGCCUACAGAGCACGGACAAUCUUGAGGUGCUGAUGGUUGAGGCCAUAAAUUGCUCUAUCCGUAAUUGUGAGCAUCGUCAGUACUUGUUCUGUGUGAAAGAUCCUAGUCUGAUGCUUCGGUGUUGCAGGAGAAAUCAACGUGAAGAUUAAAUCUGGCAGUGAUUUCAGUGUUGUAAAAUGCUUGGACCACAUCUGCUUGUUGUUGAUCCAUUAACACGGUUUAUAGGAAAAGGAACCCCACGGCUGUUUUUGUACUAUUUACACACUAAACUAGCCUUAAAUUGGUAGUAAUCUUGUAAACGUGUCAUAUACUGUUCCAUGUGUUCUUUCCAGUUUUGCCAGAUUUUAUGUAAUUCAUUCAACUGAUCUUUUUGGCCAGGCAACUGUAACGGGACACAGCUCACGUAUUUAAUAUUGCUGCUGCCCUUGUAACCAUUUGACCUCAUUGUUGUUCCUUACGGAGUACGGCCUUUCAUGAAA